GAGCUUAGACGAGCCCUCUGGCCACCCUUGGACCCCAGGAUGGCCUCCGGCUCAGCCAGCAGCCCCCGCCCGGCCCCCGAUGAGAAUGAGUUUCCCUUUGGGUGCCCCCCCACCAUCUGCCAGGACCCACCAGAGCCCAGGGCUCUCUGCUGCACUGCCUGUCUCUCAGAGAACAUGAGGAACGGUGAGGAUCGGCUCUGCCCCAAAUGCAGAGGCGACAGCCCCCAUUCUGUAAGCCCAGGACACCUGUCUCAGGAGAAGGACCACCCCGAUGUGGCCGAGGCUAGAGUUGGGUGCCUCUUCGCAGGUGUUGGCUGCUCCUUCAAGGGGAGCCCAAAGUCUGUGCAGGAGCAUGAGGCCACUGCCCAGGCCUCCCACUUAAACCUGCUGUGGAGCUUCGUGAAGCAGUGGAAGGCCCAGCUGGGCUCCAGCCAGGUGUCUGGACCCACGGCCCUAGAGCGAAACCUGUCAGACCUGCAGCUGCAGGCGGCUGUGGAGGUGGCUGGGGACCUGGAGGUGGACUGCUAUCGAGCACCCUGCUCCAAGGGCCCAGAGGAGUUGGCCCUGCAGCACUUCAUGAAGGAGAAGCUCCUCGCUGAGCUGGAGGAGAAGCUGCGCGUGUUUGAGAACAUCAUCGCCGUCCUCAACAAGGAGGUGGAGGCCUCCCACCUGGCCCUGGCCGCCUCCAUUCACCAGAGCCAGCUGGACUGCGAGCACAUCCUGAGCUUGGAGCAGAAGGUGAUGGAGUUGCAGCAGAGCCUGGCCCAGAAAGACCAGGCCCUGUGCAAGCUGGAGCAGAGUCUGCACCUCAUGGAGGAGGCCUCCUUCGACGGCACCUUCCUGUGGAAGAUCACCAAUGUCACUCGGCGGUGCCACGAGUCAGCCUGUGGCAGGACCAUCAGCCUCUUCUCCCCAGCUUUCUACACUGCCAAGUACGGUUAUAAGUUGUGCCUGCGGCUGUACCUGAACGGAGAUGGCACAGGAAAGAGGACCCACCUGUCGCUGUUCAUCGUCAUCAUGAAGGGGGAGUACGACGCGCUGCUGCCCUGGCCUUUCCGGAACAAGGUUACCUUCAUGCUGCUUGACCAGAACAACCGUGAGCACGCCAUUGACGCCUUCCGGCCCGACCUAAACUCAACGUCCUUCCAACGGCCUCAGAGCGAAACCAACGUGGCCAGCGGCUGCCCACUCUUUUUCCCCCUCAACAGGCUGCAGUCGCCCAAGCAUGCCUACGUGAAGGAUGACACCAUGUUCCUCAAGUGCAUCGUGGAGACCAGUGCUUAG